GCAGGCAGACGGAACUUGGAGGUAGCAAUGCACUGGGGUCGCCAUUCGGCCCCGGACAGUGGAAGCCGUCGCACGUAUCGAGUGGCGUCUGAACUCCUUCUCUCGUGGUUCGGCGAGAGCUGGGAAGAAAAGUUAGUUUAGCUUGUGACAACCCGCUGUGAUCGGUCGCUCGUUGAUCCCCAACAUCAUAAAACGACCCUUAACGAGUUCGUAUGUACAUAUACCUACCUACUAUACCAGUGAUUGAUAUACUGGUAUAGUACGUGAUAAGUGUUGAUGAUCUUCCGUAAGAUAACGGUCGAAUGAGUAUAUUUUGUGACUUGGCGAUUUAGAUAGAUGUUUAACGUCUGCUUUCCGCACGAAAUGUCCGUUAUCUGUCAUUGUGCCUGUUCGUAGUGUGUGCUAAGACUUUGUGAAGGAAACGUGUAAUUAAAUAAGAUACGGAUAUUUCAAGACGAAAGCCAUGCUGACGAAAUAUGUGAUAUUUAGCAUCGUUUUACUCCUAACUGUCACUACUCACAUCACCAGAGGCAUGGAAGAGAGUCGGCAAGAGGAGACCAAAGCAGAAAGGAAGAAGAAGACUCGCCAGCAGGAAGAACGCGAACAAGAAGAAGAGCAGAAGAGGAGGAAGAUGAGCGGGGGUGGGGGUGUGGGAGGGGGGAAGCCUGACCCCAAGAGGAUCACCUGGGGGAGGCCCCAGACCGACAGGGCGUAUUUCCACCCAGAUACCCAGAAGAACGUCACCGUCAUAGUUGGGCAGAAGGCCAUGUUGCCCUGCACCGUCUUCAACAUUGAGCAGGAGGAUGUGUCCUGGAUAAGACAGCGGGACCUGCACAUUCUGACGGUGGGCAUUUUCACGUAUACAAGCGACGACCGCUUUAAGGUGUACCAUCCGGAAAAGAGCAGUGACUGGUACCUGGAAAUCAACCCAGUUACUUUCAGAGACGCCGGAGUUUACGAAUGUCAGGUGUCUACCAGCCCCAAGAUAUUUCUGCCGGUUUCGUUAACUGUGGACGUUGUGCAGCAGCAAACGUCCAUACACGGCAGCUCAAUCCUCGAUCCUAAAUUACAGGAGACCAAAAUCGCCAGUCCGACGGAAAUAUUCGUGCAAAACGGCUCCACGAUCAGUCUGACUUGCAUCGUCAACAGCCAGACCGAGAGCGUCGGCUCAGUCAAGUGGUUUCGAGGACCCAUGGAACUGGACUACGACUCUCCCAGGGGCGGAGUGAGCCUCGAAGUCGAGAAGACCCCAGCCAGGACGACUUCGAAGUUAUUCCUCACCCGGGCAACCAGGAGAGACUCGGGGAACUACACGUGUGCCCCUCAGCACGCGGACCCUGCCACCGUUUUGGUGCAGGUGGUGAACGGGGAAGAAUCGGCCGCCGUUCAAGCAGCGAACAACGUCUCCGGGCAAUACGACAGAGGCGCCCUUGGGUCCACCCUCAUACUGUUGCUCCUCCUAUACCAUCAGCACCCUUGACAGGCGCCUCCGGGUUUCCGUAAGGACGGGGAAUUCUCUUCGGAGAUGAAUGAAAGAUCGCCGUUACCUCAGUUCCAAAAAGAAAUUUCUGUAUCACAUGUAGAAUUAGAACACAUUUGUGAUAAAUAAAACCGAAAAUAUU